CUGUGCUGGGGCACAUGAGAGAUGGCCUUCCAGCGGAGCCACAGGCUGAACCUGCUGCGCCUCGUCGUGCUGCUCCUCGUGGCCUUGGCUGGCAUCAAGUUCCUCUUCCGUGACAGCUUCACCCUGGAGCUGCACAAACACGUCAGCAAGGACAGCAGGUUCUGGGGGGACGCAGGUGACACCGGCCAGGAUGCCGGCCCCCAGAGCCAGGCUCUGGAGCUCCCUGUGGCAAAGAUAACGGCACCGAGGCAAGAGCCUGGGCAGCAGGUCCCCAGAGAUGUCAGCGCCACUGAGAUGAGGCUGGUCCACCUGGACCUCAAGGGAGCUGCGCCCAGGGUCUCCUACCUGGAGCAGGUGUUCCCCCUCCUGUCCCAGCUGGGAGCCAACGGCGUCCUCAUCGAGUACGAGGACAUGUUCCCCUUCAAGGGGGAGCUGGAAAUCCUCAAGUCCCCGUACGCUUACAGCGAGGAGGACAUCGAGCGGAUCCAGCAGUUGGCGGAGCUCCACAAACUGGAGGUGGUUCCCCUGGUGCAGACCUUCGGGCACGUGGAGUUCAUCCUCAAGCACGAAAAGUACCAGCACCUGCGGGAGGUCGAGCGCUUCCCCAACAGCUUCAACCCCCACGUCCCCGACACUCUGGCCCUGCUCAAGAGCAUCUUGUCGCAGGUGAUCGAGAAGCACAGGCGCUCCGCCUGGAUCCACAUUGGCGCAGACGAGGUCUUCCAUCUCGGGGAGGGGAUGGACUCCAAGAACUGGAUGAGCCACAACAAGGGCGACGCAGGGAGCAUGUACCUGAAGCACAUCAAGGAGGUGCUGGGCUUCAUCGCCACGCAGUACUGGGGGCUGCGGGCGCUCAUGUGGGACGACAUGCUGAGGAAGAUCAGCGUGGGAGCCCUGAGGGAGUCCGGGAUAGCAAAGCACGUCUCGCCCAUGGUGUGGUUCUACGCACCCGACUUUGAGGCCGAGCAGAUCGGGCCGUUUCUCACAAAGUACGUGGAGAGCGGCUUCGAGGCGGUGUGGUUUGCCAGCGCCUUCAAGGGCACCACAGGACCAGCGCAGGCUUGGCCCCCCCUGAGCUACCACCUGAAAAACCACCUGAGCUGGCUGAAGGUGAUGCAGGCCCUGCCGCGGCUGGCCCCACUGCGCUUCCAGGGCAUCGUCCUCACCGGCUGGCAGAGGUACGAUCACUACUCAGUGCUUUGCGAGCUGCUGCCCGUCGGCAUCCCCUCCCUGGCCAUCUGCCUGCAGACCCUGGUGAACGGGGGCUUCACAGACGAGACGAAGAGGAAGGUCCUGGACACGCUGGGCUUCCAGAGCAUGCAGCUGGAGCAGAGCACGUGCGAGGGCAGGGGAGCAUUCCCUGGUGCGGAGAUCUACCACAUGGUCGAGCAGGUUAAUGGCCACCUGAAGGAGAGCAUCCUUAAAGCCCUGGAGGAGGAGAGUGCCAUCAAGGGCUGGUUCAGCCCCUAUCACCGGAAGCGCCAGUUCGGCAACCCCCGCAACAUGGAGAGCUUUGGCAGCAAGGUGCUGAAGCUCCAUGAGGACUGGGAGAGCUUCGUCCGCGACCUGCGCGCCCACCUGGAGAGGGUCUACUUCCCUGACACGGUGGAGGAGUGGAUGGAGGAGAACGUCAACCCCUACCUGGACCAGCUGCGGGACCUGGUGCGGGACUACCGGGCCAUCAUCCGCCUCAACGCCAGGCCCAAGGCAACGUAG